AUGUCUGAAGGCGGAAUGGCGCAGACUCACACGCAGACUCAGCCGAGUUUGUCGAGCAGAGGAGGUUCUCAAUCUGGUCGGAGAGGCAGACCAGGACGAGGAAGAGGUGAGGGGGGCAACGGCCGUGGUGGUCGACGGGGUGGCGGCAGGAAUGCUGCCCCCCAGCCCCAAAACCAAGACCAGUCAGCUUCGGCUCCCGAAGUUGUACCGGUCAACGCAUCAGAGCCGUCGUCGACCGGCUCGGGGAGGAGGGGCAGAGGCCGUGGUGGUGGUGGUGGUGGCGGCGGCGGCGGCGGCGGUAGCGGAAGAGGUGGCCGGCGGGGUGGUGCCGUGCGUGGUGGUGCCGUCUCCGGAACCCAGCGGACAUUCGGCGGCAGUUUGACAACCAAUGCCAAUGUGGAUGAAUCAGAGGGGCUCGGUCUGAGUGCAGAUGCUCCCGAUUUCAUUCCCGGACAGCCACUGGUCCAAAGAGGCAAGCAAGCUUCGAAGCACAAGAAGCCCCAAUAUCCGUUGGCACCAAAGUCUACGGCCGCAGACUUGCCUACACGGCUUCACGAGGACAUCAGCAACGGACAGUAUGAGUGCGUUAUUUGCUCGAGUGAGGUGCUGCGACAGUCUCGCGUAUGGUCUUGCGGCCUCUGCUGGACGGUGUUGCAUUUGACGUGCGUCAAGAAGUGGUUUACGAGCCAGCUGAAAAAGGACGACGACACGCGAUCUUGGCGCUGCCCAGGUUGCAAUUCCAGUUUGACCGAGGAGCCUUCUUCUUACCACUGCUGGUGCGGCAAAGAUAUUAGUCCCCGAAACGUUCCUGGGCUACCUCCUCACUCUUGCGGACAAACCUGUUCGAAACCUAGAGCAACUUGCCCGCACCCUUGCUCUCUCGAAUGCCAUGCCGGCCCGUGUCCGCCUUGUACCUUGAUGGGGCCAACACAGUCCUGCUUCUGCGGCAAACAUGAAGUUACGAAGCGAUGCAGCGAGACUGAUUAUGGGGAUGGAUGGAGCUGCAAGGAAAUCUGCGGAGACUUGUUACCAUGCGGCGAACAUUUCUGCUCUACUCCAUGCCAUCCCGGUCUAUGCGGCAGUUGCGAAAUCCCCGUGCAGGCGAGAUGCUAUUGCGGCAAAGAGCACAAGGAGAUCCCAUGCGACCGGCGAGGCGACCUUCAGAUGUCAUUCAACCAUGGUCAAGUAUCCAGCUCCGACUCCGAAGACAUCUCCGAUGACAGCUGGUUUGACGGAUCUUUCGAAUGCGGCGCGACCUGUGGAAGGAAGUACGACUGCGGCCUCCAUGAGUGCGAGAAGACUUGCCACCCUCAGGACGAGAUAUCGGCGCACUGUCCGUCGUCUCCCGACGUCGUUCUGGACUGCCCUUGCGGCAAGACGCCUCUUGACGAGCUUCUUGACCAGCCAAGACAAUCUUGCCGAGAUAAGAUCCCCCACUGCAAGAAGACCUGCGAUAAGGUCCUGUCUUGCGGCCACCGAUGCCUCGAUACAUGCCACACCGGCCCGUGCAACCCUUGCUUCCAGAAGGCGGACAUCUCUUGCCGAUGUGGCCGAACCACGAGCUCUUCCAUGUGUCACCAGGGCGACAUCGCCAAGCCCAUGUGCAUGAGGGUUUGUCAGGCCCAGCUCAACUGCGGCCGCCACAAGUGCGGCGAGCACUGCUGCCCCGGAGAGAAGAAGGCCAUGGAAAGACAGGCCGCGAAGAGAAAGCACAGACAGCAGCAAGCCCCCGAUGAAGUGGAAGCGGAACACAUCUGCCUUCGCGUCUGCGGAAGGACCUUGAAGUGCGGCACUCACCAGUGUUCCCAGAUCUGUCACGCUGGACCAUGCCCAAGCUGCCUUGAAGCCGUCUUCGAGGAGAUCAGCUGCGCAUGUGGCAGGACCGUUCUUCAACCCCCCCAGCCAUGCGGAACUCGACCCCCUGAGUGCCGCUUCGACUGCAGGAGAGCACCGCCUUGUGGCCACCCCACGGUCAAGCACAAUUGUCAUCCUGAUGACGUCGCUUGUCCCAAGUGCCCGUUUCUCGUGGAGAAGGACUGUAUCUGCGGCAAGCAGAGGAUGAAGAACAGGCCGUGCUGGCUGGAGGAGGCUCGUUGUGGUCUCCCCUGCGGCAAGAAGCUCAAGUGCGGCACCCACACCUGCAGAAAGGAGUGCCAUCGUCCAGGCGAAUGCGAGGACGCUGAAAUCCCCGGCUCUCACUGUGCCCAGUCCUGCGGCAAGACUCGCAAGUCCUGCGAGCACUCAUGCCAGGACGCCUGCCAUGCGCCCUAUCCAUGCAAGGAAGACCGCCCGUGCCAAAGCAAGACGUUCAUUACCUGCGACUGCCAACACCGCAAGAAGGAGGUUAAGUGCCUCGCCACCAAGACAAACCCGACGCCGGAGCGCGACACGCUCAAGUGCGACGACGAGUGCCUCCGCCUGCAGCGCAAUCAGCGCCUCGCCGCUGCCCUCAAUGUCGCCCCGGACCACACGGACGACCAUAUCCCUUACUCGGAGACUACCCUCAAACUCUUCCGCGAACUCUCCUCCACCUGGGCCCAGAACCAGGAACGCGAGUUCCGCGUCUUUGCCUCGGAGCCCUCGGAGAAGCGCCUCCGUUUCAAGCCCAUGCCCUCCUUCCAGCGUGCCUUCCUCCACGCUCUCGCCGAGGACUUCGGCUUCGACUCGGAGAGCCAGGACCCGGAGCCGCACCGCCACGUCUCCAUCUUCAAGACGCCACGCUUCGUGUCGGCGCCCAAGAAGACGCUGGCGCAGUGCGCCAAGAUCCGCAGUGACGCCGCAAAGUCAGCCGCCUCGGCCGCCGCCGCCGCGUCUUCGUCAGCGGCCACCGCCUCGGCGCCGGAACCCUUCAACGCCCUCCUUCUCACGGCACCGCGCUUCGGUCUGACCAUCGACGAGAUCGAAUCUGCCUUCGCCGAUCACCUCAAGGCCCACAACCACCUCUCCUUCACGACCUCGUUCCUCCCCUCGGAAGAGAUCCUCAUCCGCGCCGUCCCCGUCACGUCGUGGGGCACCACCCCCUCGGCCGUCGAGUCCACCCUCGCGUCCCUGAAGCCCGUCGUCGCCCGAACCGUGACGAAGGAGGGCAUCGCCGCCGCCGCCAUCAUGGUUCACGCCGACGCGAGCCUCAAUGUUCUCCGCCGUGAGGGGGCGCCCUCGGCCGACGGCAGCAGCGGCGGGUGGAACGCUGUCGUGGGCCGCGCCGCGGCGCAGCGCAGGACUGUCGCGCCCAAGUCUGCAGCGGACGCGCGGCCUGCCAGUGGCUUCGUCAGCUUCUCGAAGCUGGCGCGGAAGAAGGUCGUCGAGGACACGGUUGCGGACGACUGGGAGGCUGCCGCCGACAGCGACGAGUGA